CUUGAAUGUUUUUAUUUUCUUUCUUCUGCAGAGAACAAGAGGCUCUUAGAACUCGAAAUUGAACUCGAAAAUUUGAAAAUCCAAACAGAGGAACUGAAAACCAAUUUGCAGCGUUUUGAAGAGAACAAACGUUUACGUGAGUAUAAGAAGUUUAUUUAGAGGCUUAAAUAAAAGCAGUUGACUCAGGACGUUUAUUCAUGAAAAAAUUAAAUGUGCAAAGUUCAGCUCUGAUCAAAGGAAUCACGACGCUAAUCUAAGCGCCACAUUUUGCUGAAACUAUACCUUCAAGUGUUUUAUAUGCCACCCUCCUUGUGCUCUGCAAGGCAAACCAAAGAAUUAUGUUUUAUCAUCUCUCACUGAAACUCCUCCGCUUUACACGGAAUUCCCCCAGCAUCCUAUCUGUUACGCCCCACCUACAAUGUGCUGCAAAAAGAAGCCCUCGCAACACACGCUUCAGUCAAGUUCUUUUUUAUUUUUCUUCACUAAACUAUAACCGCCGUUUUCAUUUCCUUCCUCAUGAUCUUUGCUUGCUCUCCCGUGAGACCUUCUGGGCAGCCUGAUAGGUGGUUUCAGCUUAAGUAAAAAUCAAAGAACAAUCUUUAACUUGGAAAUUAUGAAACUUAUAAACCUAGAUGCCUUAAGACGAACGGUGUGUUGUUGUUGUUUUUUUUGUUUGGGUUUUGUCUUUUUUCUCACUGCAGAAGACAACCGAGUCGCUGAACUUGAAACCGAACUCGAAGAAGUUAAAACUCUGCGAGAUCUUGUGGAACAAGAGAAAAGCAAACAGUCCAUCAAGUGUGAAGCGUUAGAAACACAUACAAAUGAGCUAAAGACCAAACUACAGAGUUCAGAAUUGGAGGUGAACAAACUCUUACAUAAGUGUGAGAACUUAGAAGCACAGCUGCAACUGUUGCGGACAGCGUUACAGGACGCAAACUUGCCGGAAAAUUCAAGCCAGCUCGAUCAAAGGAACGACACACUUGAAGGUUAGUGUUGAAGAAAAAAAAAAAAUGAGAACAAAAAUAAAAAAAUAAAAAUUUAUAUCGUUUUAUGUCAUACUUGCAAAUAUAGUCCCAUAUUAAUUAAUACAGCAAAAGCGCAGCUAUUAUACAGUGCACAGAAUUGUAUCCCUUUGCAUUCAUUCGGAUAUUUUUCUUGAAAAUGGGUUGUGGCUUGGAGAAAACCCUUUCGGGUAGUCUGCUCUUUUAUAGCCCUCAACAAAGAAUAAUAUAGUCAUGAUCAGGGGAUUGCUUCUCUCCCUCAUCACCACAUUGUAAAUUGAGUGCGGAAUGAAAAAUACUAGCAAUUUUAUGACUCACUGACUUCUUAGCGAUUCGGCCAAAUUUUGAAAACUUGCUGACUUUGUUCAAAAUAUUUCUCGCUCCCUUAUCAAGUAAUUUCUGCCCAGUACGUUGCGAAAUCCAAGGCCCAGCCGUAAGGGUAUUAGAGCUGUGGAAGUGAUUAUGGUUUCUUCAUUACCUCUGGCGGAAAGUACGUUGUAUUAGUACAGUGGAACAACGAUAUUAACAAACCUCUAUGUAACUAAGUACUCGUUACCUUAUAACGAACGGAGCAUAAGAAAAGCAAUGGUAAAUUUAGAAGCUCGAGUUAACGAAACCUCGUUAUUACCGUACAAUUUUGGUAGUCACUUUUGUUUGUAUUUAUAUAUUGUAAUUCGUAAAACAAUUAGAUUGACAAUAAGAUUACUAACGAAAUAGCGUUUUUUUUUCUUUACGUAGGACGAUUGCCCGGUGUGCAAAGUUCUAAGGAUGAUUUUGAAGACUGUCUAUUCGAUGACUCAUCGGGAAUGCAGUCGCAACGAGUGGAGUGUAAACGAACUUCUCGGUGUCAAAAAAGCAGAACUUCGACACGGCUAAGAAGCGAAUCAUCACAAACUAAAGAAUGUAAGAACAGUCAAACUGUUACCACUUUCCUCAUUACUACAGUGUAACAGGAUUUGAGACUUUUCACUUGACUGUUUUUUUUUAUCCUUCCCGUCUUUACUUCUCAGAAAGUGCAAUGUUUAUGAUCUAUGAAUAUAUGAAAUCACUGAAGUUUUAAUUAAGAAGAACUUCAUGCCAUAAACGGUUUCCUUCGAUUUUCAUCCCGUGUUUGUUUUGCAGACAACCUCAGUACUAAGUGCACUUUGCUUCGCGGGCAUCCGUUGCCAUUACUGUGAGAUGGUCCACUUUUAAGUCUAUUUUCAAUACCCAAAAACUAGUUAUAUUUCUUCCAAGCUAAGAGGACAAUAUUGUGCGAUUCCUUAUUAUCUUUACAUUUUCUUUUCACGUUUUUCUGUUGUUUUUGGUUUCAGAUCAUUUCAGGUAUGAGGGAGACUUUGAUACUAAAGGUGUCAUUCACUACCUCGGUUUCAAUGCCGGAGUCAGUAUGUGGCUGAAUCCUGCUCGAGUACCGUCAUCCGGAGUGAAAGUAACCUACUGCGAUGGUAAUGGUCGUGGAGACCCUGAAAAUAUCUUAGAAUAUUUCACUCCCGGCAACAGUUCCACACGAACUGGAUGGUGUCUGGAUUUGGGAGAUUACUACACGCUGCGGCUUACCGACUACACUGUGAGGCAGCUCGGAUGCAAUGACAGAAACUUUCUUCAAAACUUUGAGCUCCUUGGUAGGCUUUGUAAUGACGAUGAUUGGUGUCUGCUGGGCAGGCAUCAUCAAGUUGAUUGGAGGUCGCAGCGUUUUUCACAUAUGCUCUCAGGAAAUAAAGACUUGUCAUAUAAAACAAAAACGUGGUCUGUGAAAGGAGAAGUAAGAGCUUACCGCCAGUUCAAGAUAGUCCAGAUAAAAGACAUGUCGACCAGUGUGCCAGGCACGCAUGCUAUGUCCCUGGCAGGUAUCGAGCUAUAUGGAGUACUCAGUGUGCCAUAUUUGGACUAG